CAUGAGGACCAGUAAAAGUAAAUUCGGGAUUAAAAUCAUCUAACUGAUCAGUUGAUUGUUUCAAAUUAAUUUUUACGAGUGAACGAUUAACAUAAGAGGAGAUAAAUUAACAAACUAAUCACCCGAUAUUAAGAUUAGCGCCAAUUAAUCAACGUGAUUAUCUCCUCAUUUUAAAUUAACCCUUUAAUUUUAACGAUCAACAAUUGGUUUAAAAAAGUGAAUCAGUGAAUCAGUAAAUAAUCAAUAAAUCAUUUUACAAGUUUCCUUUUCAAUUUGUGUUGGUUUAUGAAGUUUAGUUGUUCAGCGUAAUUAGUUUUCCAUAAUAUUGGCUUGUUAACACUAAAUUAACCAGUGAAAGUGUUUAUUUCUCAAAGGAUUGAUUAGUAUUUCCAUCAGCAAUUAGCCCAUCAUAAUGUACCAAUUAUUGUGUUACAUUUAUCCAUUGAUUAUCUGUGGUUGGGAUCCGCCGCAAGUGACCACAAAAUGGAGCCGAUUGGAGGGAAUUAAAGAGGAAUUUUCUGGUAAACGAAUCAACACCUUCCUUGGUAUUCCCUAUGCCGAACCACCGGUGGGAGAUUUAAGGUUUAGACCUCCGGUCGCUUUGAGUAGUACCAAUUUCCUUCAGUAUUAUGCUGGCAACUACAGAAGCUCUUGCUUGGAUCGUCAUUACCACGAAAAGUCAAAAGGUUCUCGUUUUAUUGAUGAAAGUGAAGAUUGUCUAUUUUUGAACAUUUGGUCACCCGAAGAUCAACAACAAUCAACAAGCGAAUCAAGUAAAACUUCACCUAAAUUAAGUUCAGUUUUACUUUAUCUUAAUCACAUUUCAACCGAUAUUAGACAAAUCAAUGGUAAAGUGUUGGCCAGUUUAGGUGAUGUUACUGUUGUUACCUUUAAUUAUCGUACUGGUUUGUUUGGUUUAAUUCAAAAUGGUGACAAGGAUUCAUUGGAAAAUGCAAUCUAUCAUGACACCAAAGCAGUUCUUGACUGGAUUAAGGAAAAUAUUCAAUUAUUUGGAGGUAAUCCUGAGUCAAUUACGGUUAUUGCCGAGGGUUGGGAAGCAAUUAAGACUGGACUUGCUCUGGAAGGGAAAUAUUUUGAUAAAUUGAUCAUCACCAAUGGUCCAUUAAAUUCAGAUGAGGAUGAUUCACAUAUUGAUUUAGAUUCAACCAGGAAAAUUAGAAUCACUUCUUUCAUUUGUAUCGCCAAUUCUUCAUCAAGCAAUUCAUUGGUCAUUCGUGAUCGACAUGUAGCCAAAUGGACCUUGCGACAUCUCUCUGAAUGUCCACUUUUCCGGUUGAUGGAAAACCUUUCCCUAGGCAAUAACGCCAUUUACAGCCUACUCGUUGAUUCAACUGCACAUGGAUUCAAAUCACGACCAUCGCUUUUCCGUCAAGUUGACCUUUACUCUUACCGUGCCUUUGACAUUCUCACCGGAGCUCCUCUGUUAAAUACCAAGUUACUCCAUAAAGAAGUACAAAGAUUAAGUCGAGAAUUAAUCAAGAUAAUUGGCCAUUUUAUUAGAAAAGGUAAAGCACCUUGGCCUAAAUUGUCCCAUUCGGAAAGUGGAUCAGUGGACAUUAAGAAAUCUUAUCAAUAUCGAAUCUCUUCCGAGGAAUGUUCAAGUAAUCUUGAUUUAGCCAUGAAAUCACAAUUCUGCUCGAUUUUACAAAAAUUGUAA